AUGUCAGCGGUAGCAGCAGCAGCUAAGCAAGCUGUGAAACGAUUCCGAUACAGAGAGUUUGAAGGGGCCUUGUCUCACGAAAAACGCUUCGGUCAACCCCCAGAAAUUACCAAUCCUUCAACCGACUGGCAUCUCUGGCGCGUCCCAAACCCCUUCGUCCCAUGGCGCCAUCCGAAAAAUGGCAGAUACCACCAGCCCAAGUAUUCUCUUCGCCGUCAGGUGGAACUUGUUAAAAAGGCCAGGAUAUCUGGGACACUGCAUCUCCUUCCGCCAGGCAUUAAGACGCCCAAGUACGUCGUCCCACCGCCCGUCGAAACUCCUGCUGCACCCACACCCGAAGUCGCGGAGACGUCAGCAGGCGCGACCGAGGUGGAGAAGCAGAUGUCGAAGAAGAAGUUGCUUGUAAAGCGACUUGACAAGUUUUUUGAUCGCCUGUCGGAAGCCCCGUUCGAUUGGUACGUUGGUCAAGGUAGGGAGGAGAGGGAGGAGGCCAGAGUGAAGAAGGUGCUGGAGAAACCUGGCGCGGAGCUUGGUACGCGAUUGUAUGCGGGUAAGAAGCGUAUGUUUAAGGGACAUAAGUGGGAGAGGGUUAAGGCGCAUAGGGAGAGGAGGCAGAAUAUCCUUAUGAGGGAUAUGAAGAAGAGGGUGUAUAAUUAUAAGAAUUAUUAUAAGAGGAGGAGGCCGAACCCUCUCAAGCCUCCGCGAACUACCAAGGCACCCAAAUUACCAUUUUGA